CAUGACCAUCUCUCUGUUUAGUUUCAAGCUUUGAAGGCAAAAAACAGGAAAAAAGAAAAAAGAACCAAAAAAGACAAAAAGAACCAGUUGGCUCCGCCAAUCAAUAAUCAUGGAAAUGAUAGCGGAGCUGACUGGACACCUCCUCCUCCAAGGGUUCUUCUGUUAGACCUCCUUCCCCUGCUACUUAACUCAUACUGGUUAAUUUAUAUAUAUAAAUAAAACAUAAUAAAAAAUAAAAGGUAUGGAAAAUUUAAAUGGUUCAUCAAACUUGGGAAAUCUCUCAUAUACAGGAAACCAGUUUCAACUUCCCCCAAGAAGUCCAAUUCUUUUCAACUUCCCACCCCACUUCAGUUCUGUGGUGAGAGCAGAAGGUUUCCCAAAUCCUACUCAUGAGUUUCAGGCUUACCACCAGCGCGCUUCAUCUGAUAGCAUCCUCCAAGAAGAGCAACCCUCUUGGCUUGAGGAUCUACUUGAAGAGCCUGACACAGAAACACAAUGUUUUAAAGGUCACAGACGCUCAUUCAGCGACUCGUUCGCAUACUCUGAUGCAACUGUACCAAAGGCAUCUAAAAAUGAAGAACGUGGAUUCAAAGACAUCAAUGCAGGAACUCCAAAUGAAUGUCACAACCAUGAACAUUAUCAUCAUGAAGUUUCACAUGCUCUGCUUCACAAUACAAAUCGCUGCAAGCCUUCUGAUUUGAAUGAGUUUUGGGAAUCAUCUUCUGUCACUGCAGUAACAUACUCAAAUGGAUUCAUGUCGACAAAUGACACUAUGACUCUUCAAACUACAGAGCCUUCAUGCAUUUCAAAGAAAUCUGAUAGCAUAGUAAAGGCAGUUCAAGAAGAGCCUUUUGUGUCUAGUACUGUUGGAAGUGAUAGCUCUCAGAUUACCAAUGCUCCUGCAAACAACAACGACACCAAAUGUUCUAGACAGCAAACCUCUCAUGGAUCUAGGGUGAGGAAACUUCGGUACAUAGUUCAACUUGAAAGGCAUCUCCAAGCUUUACAGGCAAGAGGAUCAGAAGCUUCAGCACAGCUCGAAUUCCUUGACCAGUACAAUCUUAUACUUGGCAUGGAAAAUAGGGCUCUCAAGUAUAGGUUGGACACCUUACAGCAGCAGCAACUCAUAAAAUACACUAGUGAUGACAUAAAAUUGGUAUAUGUGGUUGGUAUAGUGGAGCAUGAAAUGCUUGAGAGAGAAGUUGCAAGGCUCCGAAAUUUAUACCAGCAACAGCAACAGCAGCAGCAGCAGCUGCAACAACAGCAAUCUACACGUCGACGAUCCAAAACUAGAGACCUCGAUUGCCAACAUGCUAACGUCUUUGUUGUAAGACACUAGAGAGAGAGAGAGAGAGAGAGAGAGAAAGAGAGAGAUCAGAGCAUGAACUGGUUAAUCCUUGAAGAAAAAGCAGCAAUUAGCAACUUAGUUGCACCACAUAAGAUUAAACUUUACUGAAGAAACACAAAACUUUUGGAUGGAUCCCAAAAUUCCCUUCAUACCUUUACUACUAUAUUUCAUUUUAACAUAAAUAUAUAUAUUUAUGAAUUCAGAGA